CUGAUUUUUAAAUAAAAUUCAUUUUCCCAGCGUAACGGUUAAAGUAAACAACAUUUUAUUUUCGGAGAAGAAAGAAAAUGUUUAAAAAAUUACUUUUGCUUUUUAUUAUUGGCCACAGCGAAUAUUGUAAGGCCUAUAAUAUAACAAAUGAUUUCAAUGGAUUAACUGAGCAGAAAAUAUUGGAACGAAAUUCUCGAGCUAAUUUGGUAUCUUUUGAACCAUUGGGUGAACAUAUUCAAGUUGGUUUGGAUUAUCUUAUGCCUUUUAUUAAGGUGCCAAUUGUUAGAAAAGUUGAUAUUUAUGGCAAUGAACCGGCUUUAAUUAAUAUUAAUACCGCAGCCAUAAUUUCCACCGGCCUAUUGGCCACAUCAAGUGCUUUGAUUUCCUUUAUCUUUAGAAGAUAUGUGGUGUUGGGAAGAGAAGCCACAUCCUCAGAGCAUCGGCGUAGAUCUGAUAAAGAUUUCGAACAGGAAUUGUGGUCGGUUUUAAACAAUUUCAAAUUGGUUUAUACAAAUUCUUCAGGUUCCAGAGUUGAUACCUCACUGUCUGGUCUAUUUGAUACGAUUAAUGAAACAUUCCAAAAGAAUGGCAUCGACCUAAGCUCAUGCAUACAAAAAACAAUUUGUAUACGUCUUCAGUUAUCUGCAAGUCGUGUUAGUGAGGGUAAUUCUUCAGGAAUCGAUAAAAUUAUUGACGGUUUAAUGGGCAUUAAAUGGUUUAGAAGUUUUCUGCGUCACACUACUCUUAAAGAUGUUUUUGAUUUUAAAGAAGUUUCCAAGAAGCAAUACGAUGACAGCUAUCCUAAUUAUUGUGAUAAAAAAUAUCCUCAUUGUAAGUGGUCCGUACCAGAAGAUAAUAUCAUGGAGCUGAUUUCAACUUAUUUGAAAUUUACGUAAGAACAUUGACGUUGUAAUGUUGGCAGUGAGAGAGUUAGUUAUUAGAGUUAGGGUAUUUAUUAAAAAAAGAUUUUUUUUAUUUGUAUUGUAUGUAUAAUUUUCAUAAAAAUUAAAUAAAUAUAAAAACUAGGAAAAACAGGAGAGCAAAGUCGGAUUGGACUAACCAUGUGUUAUCCUACACUAAUUGUGAAAUUGGGGGUAUCAUUAUACAAACCUAGAAAAUCUUUAAUGUAGAAAUUUUUCUUGAAAAAUUCACUC